AUGGUGACGAGCAUUGGACCAGGAUCAUCGCACAACUACCUGCGCAUCUCUCGCAUCUUGAAAUGCCUCUCCGAGCUCGGCCUCGAACAUCUCAACGGAGGAUUCCUCCUGCACGUCCUGAACGAGCAGAGUGAGCACAAUCAGCUCGACACUGCCGGAAUCCGCAGCAGCAUGGACAGAUGGUGGGCGAACUGCAUUCGGAACGAGGAGGAGCGGAAGUGGAUCCGGGACACCAUUCAGAAGGUGUGGUCGAAGGAUGGGUACGUGUUCACGCGGGAAAUGUACGAACAGGCAUUGGAGAGGAGGAGGGAUACCGGAUAUCUGGGAGCUAAACGCCAAGCCGCAGAGGCGACUUCAACGACGACCGAUGGAGCUUGA